GCUGCAGCAGAUGACGGUCAACUUCGCGGUGCUCGGAGACGCGUUCGUCGACGUGGUGGCGGGCACGCUGGCGCCUGACCAGCUGCCGCAGUGGGGCGGCGACGUGGAGUGCAGUCGCCCCAUCCAGCUGCAGCCGGGCGGCUCGGCGCUCAACACGGCCACACACUUGGCCAACCUCAGCAGCCGCAACCCGCAGCACGAGCUGCACGUGGCGCUGCACACGGCCGUGGGCAACGACUCGUUCGCGAACGUGCUCAAGGCUCACUUGGCCGAGCGCCAGGUGGUGCUGAGCUCGCCGACACUGGGGAACGUCCCCACGGGCGUCUGCAUUGUGCUGAGCGGAGCGAACGACCGUAGUUUCAUCACGCACUACGGAGCCACUCGCAAGUUCAGUGUCGAGCAUAUUGACGAGAAGAUGGUGCUGUCGGCAGACCACCUGCACAUCGGAGGUUUCUACAGCUGCGCUUGUCUUCGCACCAAGCUGAAGCCUUUGCUACAGAAAGCGCGAGAAAACGGAAUCACCACGUCGCUGGACACCAACUACGAUUCGUCAGAGAAAUGGGACGACCUCGACGAGCUGUUCCCGCUCAUUGACGUCUUCUUGCCUAAUGAAGUGGAGGCCAUGAAGAUUUCUCGCACCGAGUCAGUGGACGCUGCGAUGGCGUAUUUUGCUCAGCGCAUUGAUGGGGUUACUGUCAUCAAGAUCGGAGCUGGUGGUGCCAUGGCGCACUGCUCCAAAACGCAGCAGCAGUGGAAGCAAGCGAGCUUCCCGACGUCUGUAGUGGACGUCACAGGAGCAGGUGACUCGUUCAACUCCGGGUUCCUCUCUGCGUGGAAGACGAAUGAUGGUGACGUGGGAGAUGCGCUUCGGUGGGGAUGUGGAACAGCCUCCAGGACUGUAGCCGCGCUUGGUGCGUGCUCAUUUCCCCUGUCGCACGACGACGUGCAGAAUGUGGUUGCAGCCGACUAG